AUGGCUGAUGAAAUUAUCCAAGCUGGCGUCGAUGAGAGCACCAUCUCUCCUAUCGAGCGGCGCAACUCGCUCGAGAAGCACCUCCAGCAUCGGCCAGAUGCGCAGGAGCUCAAAGAGAGACACAUCCUGUUGGAUACUUCUGCUGCUCCGGCAUUGCAAUCUGCCGCUCAUGACCUCGAACGUCAUCGCGCAAUCGACAAUUUGAGAAAGAAUUUGGAGAGGCGGCCUGAUCGUGAAGAGCUUAUCGAGAAGAAUAUUCUCCCUGCCUCAAAUGCGGCGCCCGCUCUUCAAGCUCAUCAGAAAGAGCUCGAGAAACACAUGCGUGCAGAUAGCUUGGAGCACAAGAUCCAGCAAAGACCCAAGCCGGAAGAUUUAGUUCAGCAAGGCAUACUCGAAGCCGACGAGGACCCGACUAAGGAGGAGUGA